UCGAAACAUGUUGAUUAGGCAAUCCUUAAGAGUAUUUAGUCUGGUUACUCUAAGAGCAAUCUUACUGCUCGACGCCAAAAAGUGUGUUAAGAUCUAGGAGCACCACCAUACGAAUUCCUUCUAUUUCAUCCUCUUGAUAGGCAGGCAGUGACAAUCGUUUGAUAACUAUAGUCUUUAUCCUCAUAAGCAAGGAUGAAUCCAGACCCUGCCCUGUACUCGCUCAACUGUGGGGCUCAAAAAAGUUGGGCCCACGAAAUACUUGGAAAGACGUCUCUACUCCAAGAGUGCUACCCGAAUGUGGUGGAUAUUGGAUGCGGCACGGGAGAAGUGACCAACAUCAUAAGCGAAAAACUUCCUGGAGUCAAGAAUAUCAUUGCAUACGAUAAGGUUCCAGGUAUGGUGGAAUUUGCUCAAGCUCACAACCCAAAUGAGCGCAUUCACUACACAGUCGCAGACGCGGAAAAACCUGAGACAAUGAAAGAGGAAUGGACCGGACUUUUCAAUAUGGCCACAUCAUUCAUAGUUCUUCACUGGAUCAAGGACCAAACGAUAGCUCUUGCUGAAAUUCAUAAAAUUCUUGCGCCUGGUGGAGAAUUUCUUCUAGUCCUCGGCCAAAGAGCACCGCCUGCCUUCGUGGAGAUCGGACCGAAAAUAACAGAGUAUCCUCGAUGGAAUAAGUAUCUCAAGGAUUUCGUGCCGCCAUGGAGACACACGCCAGGCUGGGAGAAACACAACAAAUGGAGGAAACACCCGGUAGACGGUUACACCGACCUUGCCCUUCAAGCUGACCUUAAGGUCAAGGUGGUGAAAUUAGUUGAUUUGGACUACGUCUUUCCGAGUGAUGAACGUUGUAGUGGAAUGAUUGAGACAUUGUUGCCGCACACCAUGGCUAUCCCAAAAGAACUCAUGGCGGAUUUCAUGAAAGACGCACUGGCGAUCUUCAAAGAGCAUUGCCCCAAAUCCUCAAAUGGAAGGCCAAUAUGGUCAGCGGGCUUUUUAUGGAUUCACGGAUGGAAACCCAAGAAAACAUCAUGGUGUCAGAUAGUUUAG